AUGGCGGACGACGGCGGGAGCCACGAGGGCGGUGGCAGCGGCAGCGGCGGCGGCUACUGGGAGCAGGACCGGUUCCUGCCCAUCGCCAACAUCAGCCGUCUCCGAGUUCAUAUCCUUUGUCACCAGCGAUUUGAGACAGUUUCUGAUGUAUGUGGCGACGGCGCGGAUGCUGCUUGCAGGGCCAGCGACAAAUGUCAGAAGGAGAAGAGAAAGACGAUCAACGGGGACGAUUUGCUUUGGGCGAUGGCUACGUUAGGAUUCGAGGAGUACGUCGAGCAUUUGAAGAUUUACCUACAAAAGUACAGAGAGGGUGAUAGUAAGCUGUCUACAAAGGCUGGCGAGGGCUCUGUAAAGAAGGAUGCAAUCAGUUCCCAUGGUGGCACCAGUAGCUCAAGUAACCAGUAG